AUGUAAGAACCUCCUUUGGGAUUGUUGAGUCAAGGAACAACUAUAUACUUAAAAAGGAGAUUAAGUAUUCGUUUCAAUUAUCUUCUGAGAUCAAAACGUAGAACUUCUAAAUUUCCAUCUAAAUAUCUUUAAGGGUGGGGGAGAUAACUGAAUGGUGCAAGUAAGAGCACAUUCAAGAAUUAAAAUUUAUUUAAAUGGUAUAUAGUGAUUGAUAUUGCUUUGUUUAUUAAGAGAUUAAGAAAAUUAAGAAAUAGAAAAUACUUAUCUAGAAUAAAUGUAUAAAAUAAAAAAUCCGAUAUGUAAAUAAAAGCAGCUAUGUUUGCAAUAACAUUAUCAAUAUUGUUAUUACCACUUUUAUACGUUUUCAACAUUGGUUUGAAGUCAUAUCAAUAUAUCAAUAUUUAUAUCAGUUGUUGUCUCUGUUAUUAGGGAGUGCUGAGAUUCAUAUUGUUUUUCACUCUGCCAGCAUAUGUUAUUUUGAUAGUAAUGGCAAUCAUUUUUGCAGCUGUAGAAUUACUUAGGUAAGUUCCGUUGUUGAUUUCAACAAAAUUGAGUGUCCAUUAAAUACUAUUUGGAAAAUGA